AUGGAAAGAGGGAGAGGAGGAGGAGGAGGAGGAGGAAGGAACCUGGGAGGCUCUGGCCUGCAGAGGAGCAUUUAUUCCCAGUCCCAGCAGCAGUACCAUUACCCGGCCUCCUCCCAGGGCGGCUGCAUGGAGAUCCAGGAGCUGGCCUCCAAGAGGGUGGACAUCCAGAAAAAGCGAUUUUAUCUGGAUGUGAAGCAGAGCUCCCGGGGCCGCUUCCUGAAAAUCGCCGAGGUCUGGAUAGGAAGAGGCAGGCAGGACAAUAUCAGGAAGAGCAAGCUGACCCUCUCCUUGUCUGUGGCCGCCGAGCUGAAGGACUGCCUGGGGGACUUCAUCGAGCACUAUGCCCACCUGGGCCUGAAAGGCGGCCACAGUCACCGGCACGAGCACAGCAAUGACAAAGAGCAGCAUCCCCAGAGGCGACAGCAGCACCCGCCGCCUUCGCCUCCGGGGUCUGUUGGCUCCGAAGAGCACCCUCACAGUGUCCUCAAAACGGAGUACAUCGAGAGGGACAACAGAAAGUAUUACCUGGACCUGAAGGAGAAUCAGCGAGGGCGCUUCUUGCGGAUUAGACAAACCAUGAGUAGGGGGCCUGGCAUGAUGGGUUAUUUUGGCCACAGCUUGGGACAGGAGCAGACGAUCGUCCUUCCAGCGCAAGGGAUGAUUGAGUUCAGGGAUGCUUUGGUCCAGUUGAUUGAAGAAUACGGGGAGGGAGAUAUAGAGGAUCGGCGGGGGGGAGGCGAUGAGCCCCCGGAGCUCCCCGAGGGCACCUCCUUCCGAGUGGACAACAAGCGCUUCUACUUCGACGUGGGAUCCAACAGGUACGGCAUUUUCCUGAAGGUAAGUGAGGUGAGGCCACCCUACCGUAACACCAUCACAGUUCCAUACAAAGCGUGGACACGGUUUGGGGAAAAUUUUAUCAAGUACGAAGAAGAGAUGAGGAGAAUUUACAACAGCCAUAAAGAAAAAAGGAUGGAUGCCAGAGGGGACAGUGGUGAAGAGCAAGAGGGUCUCGAAUAGAGUGCAUUGGACUGGCCGUCUGGCAAAAUAAAACAAAACAAAACAAGUAGAAAUUGGUGAGAGGGACUGACCUAUAGUAAUUUCAAGUCGCCCCAUUUUUUGUAAAGUCCUUUUCUGGUAGUUCUUGCUAACUCCAGUCCGUAAUGUUAUAGGAGUCUGGUUAUCACGUUGAAUUACGCCCCAAACAUCUCCGUAUGUCUUAUGAAAGUACCAACCUCCCGAGUCUCUAUGAGUCAGCUGCUUCGAGUGUUGAAGACUAUGGAAGUACGCAUAUCAGCACAAAAAAAAUCCGGCACUCUGACCUUUAAAUAGUCUAGAUAAGGCUUGUGUUGCACUUCAACGUGAUACAAAAAAAACCCCACAACCCCAAACCUUAUGCUGAAACGUAUCGGUUUCUGCUUAUGACGGGUUUUCUGGGACUGAAUUCUGCCUGUACUCAGUCGAAAGGCUGAGCAGCGUAGCCGUGGGGCGUUUACAACAAAAAUCAACUUCAUGUGAAUUGCUGGUUUGUGUAUGAGGAAAGGUAGAGGUUUUAAAAUUGGCAUCUGCUGGUUUUUGAGUGUGAAACGAUCUUCUGUGUGGGUAAAACCUUGAUAACUGGUCAGACCUUGAUAAUGUGCUGGUGAAGAGCAGAAGAUUUGUUAUCGUUUCGUAGUUUUGUGCUGACUGAAUAACCCCCAUAUCCCAGGAUAGCGAAGCUCUACUUGAGUGCUGAGCCUUCUGAAUUAAUGGCAAUGAAUAAUAACCCACUCCUCAUCUACGUGUUCUGCCCAUGCGAGGCUGGUGAUUUUUUUUUAUUUUUAAUGCAUUUGUCCAAAAGUUCAAAAGGUAUUUUUGUAUUAGGAGUGUUAUGGGUUGCAGGAGGCCGCUGUGGAGCGGGUAUUCAGAGGUGGAGGGACCGCUGCAACCGAGGCUCCUGGUUUCUCUCCCAAAUGUAAGAUUAAUCCAGUCGUGAUGUACGAGGAAAACAUCUGGGCGUUUUUCUCCUCCUGCUGCGAGAAAGACCUUUGGGGGGUUUGGUGCACUAUUAGAUUCGUAUAAAAAGGCCUCUCUCUCAUACUUAACCCGUAGUGCAUUUCGGAAGCCGUGGUUAAUGCCACGUUGGGUUCUCUGUCAUGUUGAUUUUACAGGUGGUGGUGUUAGGAGACAAUAUCUGUGCCCUCAAAUCCCCCUCUUCCCACCCGCUCAGAGCUGGGGCUGUCGUCAAGCCCACCUGAUCGCCCACCACCAGGUUUCAGGGUUGUCCCGCUAAAGUCUCUGUAACAUCAAUUUUACAUCUCAUGAUAUAAACUCUCUGCCUGGAGAGAGAAUGUGUACAAUUAGCUGUUUAGGAGGUUGAUGAAAGAUUUUGAAAAUUCUUUCUUGUUUAUUUAAACAUGAAUAUUUAGAAUGGAAGGGGCUUUUUCCAGACCUUGGGCGACCAGCUCCUUCCCCUCUGAGACCAGUGGGUAUUUCCAGUAACGGGUUGCCCACCUGUAAGAUUUUGUUAAAGUCGACAUUACUGUGUCUAACCAGAUAUUUAUAAUCAUUUGGAUCAUUUUUUUUUGCAGAGUGGCCUAGUGUGCACGUGGACCAGCUAUUUUUCCAUGCAACCAUUAUGUGUUUGGGUUUUUUUAAUCUAUUGGAGAAACAUAUUUAUCUCUAACCAGACUGUUCAUCACUCUUAGUCUGAACCCACCUGCACGCUGCAUGGCCACGCUCAGUCCGAAUGCUAUUACCUGUUAAUAUCAUUAACCAUAACAAGAAAAGUUGGGGAGGCAGUGGUGGGAAUCAAGAGGAUAAUCUGGACUUUAGUUUGGGUACUAAAACUGGUCAAUCUGUUUUAACUUUAAAAAAAAAUAAAAAUAAAAAAAAUAAAAGCUUGCACCAAAGUCACCAAAGAACCUUUAGGAAAAUGUUACGAUUGUGACAAGAAGUAAGAAAAUUAAUUUCACUGUUUUAGGUGAUUCCCCCUUUAGGUAAAACCACACAUAACAGUUACAGCAACCAAGCCUUUGGCUUAGUGUCAAAAAAUCCCAUCCACGUCUGCAUAAGUCACUCUUUCAGGUAUUCUUUCAACUCUCGGAGAGACGUUCUCGCUCCACCACUCAAACAGCUAGCGGACCGCGAUGAAUCAGCUGGAGGUUAAACGGGGUGCUGGUUCAUCGUCGCUCUUAGGGUCCCAAUGGGUCCCAAUGGUUUUAACAGGUCAAUUAAAAAAAAAACAAACCACAAAACCAACAUUAUAAUAACUCCACAUCCUAUUAUUGGUGAGAAACCGGAAUUUAGUGAAUGAGGCAUACGUUAGCGUAUCGCUGACUGCUGCUGCCCGUCAUAGUGCCUGGAGUAAAAUAUUAACUUGUAUUCCAACAAACCGGAGCUAUGAAUGUACAAACUUUUUACGCUCUCCUUCCCCCUCCUGUUUCUACGUGGUGUUCCUCCCCUACCAGCCUGACAUCUCCCCGUCCCAUCCUACCUUUGCCUCGAGGGAUCGUAAAAGCUCCUAUGUUGGAAUUAGCCGUGUGUGUUGUACGUGAUCAUGCCUUCCCUGUGUUCCUGUAGCAUUGAUGAGGAAAAUACUUGCGACGGGGAAAACAAUUGGAAAGGGAUAUUUUCUUCACCGUUUUAAAAGAAAAAAAAAAAAAAAGAUGCAAAAUGGCUUUCCUUAUUGCUGCCCAUUUUUUUAAAUGCCCCUUUAUCUUUGUUUUUAAUGAAUUGGCCUUCCGAUGGCAUUAGUUUGUUGUAAAUAUCACCCAGGAAUUGAGUGUCCGCUGGCUACCGGGUCAGGCUCGGUAUCCCGUAGGACCCACUAAUGCAUUUACUCCCCCUGGCACGGGAUGCACCUUAGUAUCCAAAACUGGAUCGCGAUCUUCACGUUCAUAGCCGAUCACGCGUGGGUAAACCACUAGCUGUGGGUUUCCACCGCAAUGGAAAGCACCGAUGUUUGCAGAUGUUGUCGUUGGAGGGUAAUGCAGACUCACUGGAAACGUAGCAAUGCAAGACUUGAACGGUGAGAUUUGGAAACGGGUUCCUUGUUAUUUUUGGCAGCGCGUGUUUUCAGCUUCCGAGAGCGGCGAUAGCGCGGGCUGCUUGCGCCCGGCGAGGUGCUCGGGAACGCCGAAUCCCUAAAGCGUUUUAAAUGUUCGUUCCCGAUGCCCUGAAACUGCCAUGUCCCUUAAACUUGAGAAAACACAAGCUUAUUUGCACUAGAAAGAACGGCCAAAAACAAUCCUUAGGAGGACAGGGUGAAGAGCACCAGUCUGAACCUCUUUUUCUCAUAAGAGAAUUUCCUAUUCAAGCCCUCACCUCUGUUUCAAAAUUGUAUGGUCCCGGCAGAAAGUCUGUCAGUUCAAUAAUUAAAUUGUAAUGCACUUUAUAUUGUGUAAAUAAUACUAGGAGCACAUUUCUGCUCCCGCUCUGGUAAGGGGAUGCUUCGGUAACGUAGGCUAACGCUGAAAGAAGCCGUCUCCUGCAUGCACGUGUCUGUUAGAGACCUAUCGUACUUGCUUGGUCCAGCUCCGCUCGUGUGUUAGAGGAGGACAGGCGCUAUAUUGAGGAUCUUCUCAAACCACCAAGAGUGGGAUGAUUUUUUUUUUUUUUUCUUUGAAGUUGCGAUUUGCAGAGCUGCUGAGCAUCCUCAGCUCCGCCGUCGCUGUGGCUCCUCGCCCCUUCUGCAAAUCCGGCCCCCGAUGUUGCUGCCGAGGCUUAAACCCAAGCUUUUUUUCGACAAAGCCGAGUCCAGCAGCUCCCUCGCACUUUCCCCGCUGUGGGGACAGGAGCUGGGGCGAUCCCUAGAAACCUUAUCCCAGGUGCAGGAGGCUGCGGGGGCUUCCCCUGCCUUGCAGCUGGGGGGUUUGUGUUGAGUCCAGCCCAUCAAGCCCCCUUUCUCGGUAAAGUAUGGAGGCAGGGACACGCUAACGAAGGGUCGGGAAGUGUUUUGCGCUGGUGCAGCGAGGGUGACCCACCGGGUCAUCUGGGGGGAGGAUGGCAAAACCCACCGUCGUGGGUUC